UCCCCAGCCCAAGACUUCCUCUCUCACACUCCAGGGCCUUGUUCCCCGCCGGACCGAAGCAACCGGCGACCUCCAGCUAGGCCAGGACCCAUCUUCGUCGAAGGCUCAGGAAGCCACAACUGCCAGUAGAUCUCUCUUCACCUGCCCUCCCUGGACAGCUCCGGGUCGACCGUAGGUGGCGGGCGAGAACCCGGGUCCGCGGGGCGGCGGCGAGCGCAGGGCGAGGCCGUACAGCCGGCGGGAGAGGCUCCCGCACCGCCGCGCGUGCCAGCGGCGGAGACGGGUGGGUGGGGCGGGAGUGCCCGGCUCCCUCUCCCUCCUCCCGCCCUUCCUUCCUCCCUCCCUUGGUCCCCGGGCCGGCGGACCCGCGGGCAGGCCCUGCCCAGACUGGACGACCUCCGGCCGGCUCCCGGAGAAGCGCAGCGGAAGAGCGGGGCCGCCGACGAGCUCCUGGGACCGGCCCCGUACGCGCUCAGGCGGCGCAGAGCCGGCGCAUCCCGGGGUCUAGGCAGGGCUGACGGCUGGCGGCGGGGGAGCCGGAGAGAUGGUCGCGCGUGUGGUCCUCCUGCUGCGCGCCCUGCCGCUGCUGCUGUGCCGCCGCCUGGACGCCGAGCCCGCGGAGCACGUAGGCCGGGAGCUGCGCGAGGAGGCGGAGGCAUUCCUGGAGAAGUAUGGAUACCUCAGUGAACACCGGCUCAAAGGUCCCAUCUCCACUCGAUUCAGCAAUGCCAUCAGAGAGUUUCAGUGGGUAUCCCAGCUACCGGUCAGUGGUGUGCUGGACCGUGCCACCCUGCGCCAGAUGACUCGCCCCCGCUGUGGGGUUGCAGACAUUGACACUCACGUGGCCUGGACUGAGAGGAUCAGUGUCCUGUUUGCUGGACGCCGGGCCAAAAUGAGGCGUAAGAAACGCUUUGCAAAGCAAGGCAACAAAUGGUACAAGCAGCAUCUCUCCUACCGCCUGGUGAACUGGCCCGAGCACCUACCUGAGCCCGCAGUUCGGGGGGCCGUGCGUGCCGCCUUCCAGUUGUGGAGCAACGUCUCCGCACUGGAGUUCUGGGAGGCCCCAGCCACGGGCCCUGCUGACAUCCGCCUCACCUUCUUCCAAGGGGACCACAACGAUGGACUGAGCAACGCGUUCGAUGGCCCAGGGGGCGCCCUGGCACAUGCCUUCCUGCCCCGCCGUGGUGAAGCGCACUUCGACCAAGACGAGCGCUGGUCCUUGAGCCGCCGUCGCGGGCGCAACCUGUUCGUGGUGCUAGCGCACGAGAUCGGCCACACGCUCGGCCUCACCCACUCGCCCGCGCCGCGCGCGCUCAUGGCACCUUAUUACAAGAGGCUGGGCCGCGACGCGCUGCUCAGCUGGGACGACGUGCUGGCUGUGCAGAGCCUGUAUGGGAAACCUCUGGGGGACUCAGUGGCCAUCCAGCUCCAAGGAAAGCGGUUUACUGACUUUGAGGCCUGGGACUCCCACAGUCCCCAGGGCAGGCACCCUGAAACCCAGGGCCCUAAGUACUGCCACUCUUCCUUUGAUGCCAUCACUGUAGAUGGUCAACAGCGACUGUACAUUUUUAAAGGGAGCCACUUCUGGGAGGUGGCAGCUGAUGGCAACGUCUCAGAGUCCAACCUUCUACAGGAGAAGUGGGUGGGGCUGCCCCCCAACAUUGAGGCUGCUGCAGUGUCCCUGGAGGAUGGAGAUUUCUACUUCUUCAAAGGGAGCCGAUGCUGGAGGUUCCGGGGCCCCAAGCUAGUGUGGGGUUUCCCUCAGCUGUGCAGGGCAGGAGGCCUGCCCCGCCAUCCCAAUGCAGCCCUCUUCUUCACUCCUCUGCGCCGCCUCAUCCUCUUCAAGGGUGCCCACUACUACGUGCUGGCCCGAGGGGGACUUCAAGUGGAGCCCUACUACCCUCGCAGCCUGCAGGACUGGGGCGGCGUCCCUGAAGAGGUCAGCGGCGCCCUGCCGAGGCCUGAUGGCUCCAUCAUCUUCUUCAGAGAUGACCGCUAUUGGCACCUUGACCAGGCCAAACUGCGGGUGACCACCUCUGGCCUCUGGGCCACUGAGCUGCCCUGGAUGGGCUGCUGGCAUGCCAACUCAGGGGGUGCCCUGUUCUGAAGGCACCUCCCCACCUGAUGAGCUGUUGGUGCCCUCAGAGCCAACGUGUUUCCCCUGCCCCAGGGGCAGAACCUGUCUUGGAUGCCUCUGAGCCUCCCUACAGAAGACCAGGCAGCAAGGCCUCCACCAGGAGGUUUAUCUGCCUUUGUUC